UGCCUUACAUGUUUACAAUCCAUCCAGGUAAACAUGGCUGCUCAAAAACUCAGAAUUCAGUUAGAGCCUGAAAACUAAGAAAAGUUUUUAAUUGCUUUUAAUCAUUUAAAGAGGCUCUAAUGAUAUACCAAUAUUUCCAUCUUGUCGUUUGUUCUUUUUUAUCUUUCUUUCUGUGACUCUUACGUUUGAAGCUUGCUAGCUUGCUGUCUUCUCCAUAGAACAGGAUGAGUUCUCCAGCUAGCAGUAGCUGUCUUUCUACUAAAGGACUGGACAUAAGUCUGUCUGCCCUGCAGAGACAAGACCCCUACAUAAACAACAUUGUGGACGUGGCCAGCCAGGUCGCCCUGUAUACCUAUAAUAACAGGGCGAAUGAGUGGGAAAAGACAGAAGUGGAGGGCACUUUGUUUAUUUACACAAGAUUGGCAUCUCCCAGGCAUGGUUUCACGAUAAUGAACCGUCUUAGUGUUGAGAAUCUGACAGAGCCCAUCACAAAAGACUUGGACUUCCAGCUGCAGGAUCCUUUCCUCCUUUACCGGAAUGCACGAUUGGUUAUUUAUGGGAUCUGGUUCUACGAUAAGCUGGACUGUCAACGUAUUGCGCAAAAGAUGCGGAGUUUGACCCAGCAGGAGCAGAUCCUGGCUCAGUCUCACGGUGGAUCCAUAUCACCAGCAGCAGCAGCAGCAGGAGGAGGAGGAGACGUUGGUUUAGUUGGGGGAAAUAAUGAGACCAAAGCGGUUGACAUCAUUCAGAUGUUGACUAAGGCACGAUCAGAAUACCACAAGUCUGCCUCAGAGCCAAAGGAGAUUGGAGGCAGCAGUGUUCUUUGUGGAAACCCUAACCUCAUUAAACCAAUUCCAGUUAAACCAACCACCCAGGUCAGUGAAGGUGCAGAAGCUCUGUUAGGCUCUGAACAUCAACAUCACCACGCUCUUAAAUCUGAAGUUCCUCCUGUUGCUCGCCCACCCGUUGCACGCACUCUGACCUACGAGGAUUCAGUCAACUCUGGCAGGAAUGUCGCCCCCACAGGUGGUGUAGACACAGGAGUCAAGCUGAUAGAUGUGGAAGACAGUGGGAACGCCCCACAUCAGCUGCCGAACCAAAUCCAACACUGUCCAGCCAUUGCAAAGCUCAUGCAGGGACCAAGGGGGGCAGCAGGAGCUGGCGGCGUACUACAAACACUUUCUGAGUCCCCUGAGAACCGGUUGUGUGAUAACGGAGUGCUGUUGCAACACCACCACCCCCACCUCCACCAUCAUCACCAUCACCAGCAGCUCCUCACCCAUCACCACCACCAGGAGCAGCAGCACCACCAUGACCCAAUAAAGAGAUUCCUGCAGGGCCAUCCACCUCCUCCACUUGCCACUUCUUUCACCUUCCCUGGUUCUCAGGCUUUGCACCAGAUCCCUCAUCUCGCCUCCCAGGCUGCCCAAGUGGAUUCUGUCUCACGGUCCCACCUGGAAGCACAACAAGGUCAGCAGCUGCUCCUCAGCCUGGUGAAGUUACAGACAGAAAUACAGCAGAGAGGGCAGGCAGAUCCUGCUGCUACGGGAACAGGUCUGUCAUCCCAGAUGCAAAGUGUGGUUUCUCCUCACGAGCUUCUCCAGAAACUCCAGCUGGUCCAGCAGGAACAGAGCCUGACUCCUCAUGAACAUCAUCGGACUCAUCCUCAUCCAGGACUAGCGCCUCGGUUUCAUGGAUCCAGUCAGAAUCAAAGUACAGGCUCAAUCUUUGGCUCAGCCCCAACCCAGAUUUCAAGUAUCCAAGAUCAAAAAAUUGAGCCACAAUUUCAGAUCCUCUCCCCCCAGCGGAUACCUGCCACAGUGGCCCCCACUCUGCUCCUCUCUCCCAGUGUGUUCUCUCAGGCAAAGCCCAGCAGCAGGCCGCCGGCUGUUGCUCCAGACAGCCGCUCUGCAACUUCAACCUUACACAAACCCUCACUGCCAGAGGAGGUCACAGCUCUCUCUAAAAGCCAGCUUCAAGCAGCACUGCUGCAUCUGAUUCAGACUGACAGCUCAUUCCUGGACUCCAUCUAUGAAGCAUACGUCAGCCGCUUUGCUAACGGCUCCAGCAGCAAGUACUGAUGACUCUACACAUCAGCUGUCUGUCUGCACACUCUCCCUGCUCGAAGGCAGAACCUGACACUUAGUGAACCUCUUCUUCUAAAUUACCAUGCUGUAUUUCAAUCUGGACAGUCUGGCUGUCACUUAGAACAGGCUCUUAAAACAUAAUUACGGGUAUACAAAUGCAAAUAUAUAUAUAAAUUUUUUUUUUCCUUUAGCAGUAAUUUACAACUUUUAAAUAUUUGGACUGAUUAAAAAAAUUGGUACAAUUUAAUAAUUAGCAUGAUGGAUAAACUUGAAGUUUAAGUUGACAAUAACUGGAACAUACUGUAUGGUUAAAAAAAUGUUCAGACUGGAUGAUAUUUUGCACAGUUUAUUCAGGUAUGUAUAUAUAUAUAUAUAAUACUUUUAGCAAUAGCCAGCCAACUAGACUCAAAACAUAUUCUUUCAUUUUUAUUAUUAGUUUUUAUUAGAUUUCUUGUUCAAGAUGUGAUCAAAUGUGUUUAUCUGUCUGCAGCGUUCAAAGUUUGACAUUACUUUUGUUGUUUUUUUUCUUUGUAAAAUUCAAUAAGAGUUUAUAUGUCAAUUAACAUUAUAAAGAAGUAUUGAAUUAUUUCAUCAAGCAUGUGGCAUUUAAAGGGCAUUUAUUAUUAUUUUCCUUAUUUAAUUGUGUUCAGGCUUGUAGCUCUGAACUGUUAUUUUUGCAAAGCUUGGAAUCCAGAAAUAAUAGUAAAAUGUGCCUUUGAUUACACUCACUGGGACAGAAUCAUUGCUCACAAUAAGUUAACGUUGAAAAAAAAACUAGAAGUUCUGGCAGCAAUCAGGUAACCUUCCAAAAUCUCAUCCUGUUCUGACCAGCAAUCUCACUCAGACAUGUCGGCACAUUCCAACAAGCAAAAUAUGAAGUUUCGGAUGGCUUGCUCUAUGUGAGCGUGUCAUACAGUGGUUGUAAAUGUGAUUUAGUCUUGGAGUUAAACUGCAUUAAAGUAAUCUAGCUCUAAAAAUAUUUCCCCAUCACUAUCUAAGCUAUCUAAGUAUGUCUCCAGUUAGUUUGACGGCGACUACGUGGUAUUUGAGCUUAAAUCAUUCAAUCAUUCAUUUGGUUGCAGCAGAAGCAAAUAUAUUUUGGCUAUAUAAAUAUAAGAAAUAGUGAAAUUGGAAUUAUCUUAUCAUAAUAUUUUGAAACAAAAAACAUUUUUAAUGACCGAGGGAAUUAAA